AUGGACCUGACGUCCAGCUCCAAGCUGGGCGUGGUGCCAGCGGGCUUGGGUGCCCGCAUUCCUGCAGGCCGCCCGCUCCGUGGGAUGACCUUCCUGCCCCCUCUGAAGGCAGCCCCAGUGGUGCGAGCCCGGAACCCCGCGCACAACGGGCGCGUGUGUAGCGCCUGGGGCGACUUCCACUACAAGACCUUCGACGGCGAUGUCUUCCGCUUCCCGGGCCUGUGCAACUACGUCUUCUCGGCGCACUGCGGCGCCGCCUACGAGGACUUCAACAUCCAGCUGCGCCGCGGCCGGGCGUCCAACGCCACCACGGUCAUCAGCGUCACCAUGAAGCUUGAUGGCAUGGUCGUCCAGCUGACCAAGAGCUCCAUCCUGGUCAACGGCCGCCCAACUCAGCUGCCCUUUAGCCAAUCCGGGGUCCUCAUUGAGUUCAGCAGCAGCUACUUGAAGGUGGUGGCCAGGCUGGGCCUGGUCUUCAUGUGGAACCAAGAUGACAGCCUCCUGCUGGAGCUGGACCCCAAGUACGCCAACCAGACCUGUGGGCUCUGCGGAGACUUCAGUGGCCAGCCUGUGUUCAAUGAGUUCUUCUCCCAUGGUGUCAAGCUGACCCCCAUCGAGUUUGGGAACCUGCAGAAGAUGGACGGUCCCACGGAGCAGUGUCAGGACCCUGUCCUUGGACCCCUGAGGGACUGCUCCCCUGGCACUGGCAUCUGCGAGGAGAUCCUGAGCAGCUGGAUGUUCUCGGGCUGCCGCGCUCUGGUGGACGCCCACAGCUAUGUGCAGGCCUGCCGGCAAGACCUCUGCCUCUGUGAGCACGCUACCCACAGCAGCUGCAUCUGCCACACGCUCGCCGAGUACUCCCGCCAGUGCGCCCACGCUGGGGGGCAGCCCCUGGACUGGAGGGGCCCCCACCUCUGCCCCCAGACCUGCCCCCUCAGCAUGGAAUAUCACGAGUGCGGCUCGCCCUGCGCAGACACCUGCUCCAACCUGGAGCACUCCCAGCUCUGCGAGGACCACUGCAUGGCCGGCUGCUUCUGCCCCGAGGGGAUGGUGUUGGAUGACCUUGGCCAGGCCGGCUGCAUCCCUGCAACCCAGUGCUCCUGUGUGUACAACGGGGCCAUCUACGCUCCAGGAGCCAGCUAUGCCACAGACUGCACCAACUGCACCUGCUCCGGGGGCCAGUGGAGCUGCCGGGAGCUGCCGUGCCCGGGCACCUGCUCAGUGCUGGGGGGCCCCCACUUCUCCACCUUUGACGAGAGGCAGUACACAGUGCACGGGGACUGCAGCUACGUGCUGGCCAAGCCCUGUAAGAGCAGUGCCUUCACUGUGCUGGCCGAGGUGCGCAGGUGCGGCCGGACGGACACUGAGACCUGCCUGAGGAGCCUGACGCUGAGCCUGGGCGGGGGGCACACGGUCAUCACGGUCAAGGCCGGCGGGGAGGUGUUUGUGAACCAGAUCUACACCCAGAUGCCCAUCUCAGCAGCCAACGUCACACUCUUCAGACCCUCAACCUUCUUCAUCGUCGCCCAGACCAACCUGGGCCUGCAGUUGAGUAUCCAGCUGGUGCCUAUGAUGCAGGUGUUCGUGAGGCUGGGGCCUGAGCUCCGCGGGCUGACCUGUGGCCUGUGCGGGAACUUCAACCAGAACCAGGCCGAUGACUUCCGGACCCUCAGCGGCGUGGUGGAGGGCACGGCCGCCGCCUUCGCCAACACCUGGAAGACCCAGGCCGCCUGCCCCAACGUCAAGAACAGCUUCGAGGACCCCUGCUCCCUCAGCGUGGAGAACGCCCCCAGGAUGGGUGCCCCAAGCGGGUGCCUGGUGCUGGCCUGGGUCCUCGCCGCCCUGCUCCUCGUGCAGAAGACAGAGACCCAGGGCAGCGUGGAGCCCAGCCAGGCCAGCACAGAGGCUGCCACGCACAGUUGGAGGGCGGACGUCGCUUGGAGCAUGACCGCCAUCCCGCCCAUCACCGUCUCGCCCACCAUAAGCUGUGAGUGGAUGCUGCCCACUGCUGACGGGGUGGGAGUGGGGGCUCACAGAUCUGGGGGGGACGGCUGCCCGCGGGUGGCUGGGCGAGGCUGGUGGCAUCUGCCGGGGCCCCAGCACGCUCUCCCCACAGCCUGGAACCCCGCGCACAACGGGCGCGUGUGUAGCACCUGGGGCGACUUCCACUACAAGACCUUCGACGGCGAUGUCUUCCGCUUUCCGGGCCUGUGCAACUACGUCUUCUCGGCGCACUGCGGCACCGCCUACGAGGACUUCAACAUCCAGCUGCGCCGCGGCCUGGCCAGCUCCAGGCCCACCAUCACCCACAUCAUCCUCAAGACGCAGGGGCUGGUGCUGGAGGCCUCCAACGGCUCCAUCCUCAUCAAUGGGCAGCGGGGGGAGCUGCCCUACAGCCGCGCGGGCCUGCUGGUGGAGCAGAGCAGCGUCUACAUCAAGGUCACUGUCCGGCUGAUGCUGACUUUCAUGUGGAACAGAGAGGGCAGUGCCCUGCUGGAGCUGGACCCCAAGUACGCCAACCAGACGUGUGGUCUGUGCGGGGACUUCAACGGGCUCCCGGCGGUCCAAGAGUUCUACUCCCAUAACGCCAGGCUGACCCCUCUGCAGUUCGGGAAUCUACAGAAGCUGGACGGGCCCACAGAGCAGUGCCGGGACCCCCUGCCUUCCCCGGGCAGCAACUGCACAGACGGGGAGGGCAUCUGCCGCCGCACCCUGUUCGGCCGGGCCUUUGCGGGGUGCCACAAGCUGGUGGACCCUGCCGCGUAUGUGGCCGCCUGCACCCAGGACCUGUGUCGCUGCCCCACCUGCCCUUGCGCCACCUUUGCGGAGUACUCCCGCCAGUGCGCCCACGCGGGGGGACAGCCCCAGAACUGGAGGGCCCCGGGCCUCUGCCCCCAGACCUGCCCCCUCAACAUGCAGCACCGCGAGUGCGGCUCGCCCUGCGCAGACACCUGCUCCAACCCCCAGCGCUCCCAGCUCUGCGAGGACCACUGCAUGGACGGCUGCUUCUGCCCCCCAGGCAGGUCCUGCACGGUGCUGGAUGACGUCACCCACAGGGGCUGCCUGCCCCUGGAACAGUGCCCCUGCACCCAUGGCGGUCAUACCUAUGCCCCGGGGGCCUCCUUCACCACCAUCUGCAGCGCCUGCACCUGCUCCGCGGGGCUGUGGCAGUGCCGGAACCUUCCGUGCCCUGGCACCUGCUCUGUCCAGGGCGGGUCCCACAUCUCCACCUAUGACGAGAGGCUCUACGACGUGCACGGAGACUGCAGCUAUGUCCUGUCCAAGACGUGUGCAGGGAACAGAUUCAGCGUGCUGGCCGAGCUGCGCAAGUGUGGCCUGACGGACAACGAGAACUGCCUCAAAUCAGUGGCGCUCAGCAUGAACGGCGGGGACACGAUCAUCCAGAUCCAGGCCAACGGCGGAGUGUUCCUGAACUCCAUCUACACCCAGCUGCCUAUGUCAGCAGCCAAUAUCACGAUCUUCAGGCCCACCUCCUUCUUCAUCCUGGUGCACACGGGCCUCGGGCUGCAGCUGCAGGUGCAGCUGGUACCACUCAUGCAGCUGUUCCUCAGGCUGGAGCCCUCCUACCACGGACAGAUGUGCGGCCUGUGCGGGAACUUCAACCAGAACCAGGCCGAUGACUUCCGGACCCUCAGCGGCGUGGUGGAGGGCACGGCCGCCGCCUUCGCCAACACCUGGAAGACCCAGGCCGCGUGCCCCAACGUCAAGAACAGCUUCGAGGACCCCUGCUCCCUCAGUGUGGAGAACGAGAACUACGCCCAGCACUGGUGCUCCCUGCUGACUGACCCGGCCGGAGCCUUCUCCCGCUGCCACUCUGUCCUCAACCCCGAGCCCUUCUACUCGAACUGCAUGUUCGACACGUGUAACUGUGAGAAGAGCGAGGACUGUCUGUGCGCGGCCCUGUCCUCCUACGUGCACGCCUGCGCCGCCAAGGGGGUGCUGCUCAGCGGCUGGAGGGACGGCGUGUGCACCAAGUAUGUGAGUAGCUGCCCCAAGUCUCAGCACUACAGCUAUGUGGCACACGGCUGCCAGCCCUCCUGCCGCGCUCUGAGCCAGGUGGACGUCACCUGCGGCAUCUCCUUCGUGCCGGUGGACGGAUGCAUCUGCCCCUCGGGUACCUUCCUGGACGACUCGGACUCCUGUGUGUCCGCCGACGCCUGCCCCUGCUACUUCCGUGGCUCUGUGGUGGCUCCGGGGGACGUGGUGCAUGACAACGGCGUGGUCUGCUCGUGUGCGGGUGGGAAGCUGAGUUGCCUGGGAGCGGCAGAGCAGAAGAGCUCAGGGUGUGCGGCCCCCAUGGUGUACCUGGACUGCAACAACGCCUCGGCGGGCAUGCCCGGGGCCGAGUGUCUCAGGAGCUGCCACACACUGGACGUGGACUGUUUCAGCACCCACUGCGUGUCUGGCUGCGUCUGCCCCCCGGGGCUGGUGUCGGACGGGAGCGGGGGCUGCGUGGCCGCGGAGGACUGCCCCUGUCUGCACAAUGAGGCCACCUACAAGCCCGGGGACACCAUCAGGGUUGACUGUAACACCUGCACGUGCAGGAACCGCAGGUGGGAGUGUGGCCGCAAGCCCUGCCUGGGCACCUGCGUGGCCUACGGGGACGGCCACUUCAUCACCUUCGAUGGGGAGCGGUACAGCUUCGAGGGGAGCUGUGAGUACACGCUGGCCCAGGACUACUGUGAGGGCAACGGCACCGCCAAUGGCACCUUCCGCGUGGUCACCGAGAACGUCCCCUGCGGGACCACGGGCGUCACUUGCUCCAAGGCCAUCAAGCUGUUCCUGGAGAACUAUGAGCUGGUCUUGCAUGAGGGCACCUACAAGGUGGUGCAGCGGGGCCCAGGCGGGGACCUGCCCUAUAAGGUCCGAUACAUGGGCAUCUACCUGACCGUGGAGACUCACAGUGGUCUGGUGCUGUCCUGGGACCGGAAGACAAGCCUGUUCAUCCGACUGCAGCAGGACUACAAGGGCCGGGUCUGCGGGCUGUGUGGGAACUUUGACGACAACGCCGUCAAUGACUUCACCACGCGGAGCCAGUCCGUGGUGAGCAGCGCCCUGGAGUUCGGCAACAGCUGGAAGUUCUCCCCAUCCUGCCCCGACGCCCCGGCCCCCAGGGACCCCUGCACCGCCAACCCGUACCGCAAGUCCUGGGCCCAGAAGCAGUGCAGUAUCAUCAACAGCGCCACCUUCGCCACCUGCCACGCCCACGUCGACCCCACCAAGUACUACGAGGCCUGUGUGGGUGACGCGUGCGCCUGUGACUCGGGGGGUGAUUGUGAGUGUUUCUGCACGGCGGUGGCCGCCUACGCCCAGGCCUGCCACGACAUGGGCGUGUGCGUGUCCUGGCGGACCCCGGACAUCUGCCCCGUGUUCUGUGACUACUACAACCCCGAGGGCCGGUGUGAGUGGCACUACCAGCCGUGCGGGGCGCCCUGCAUGAGGACCUGCCGGAACCCGAGCGGCCGCUGUCUGCAUGACCUGCCGGGCCUGGAAGGCUGCUACCCGAAGUGCCCGCCCAGCGAGCCGUUCUUCAGUGAGGCCCAGAUGAAGUGCGUGGCCCAGUGCGGGUGCUAUGAUGAGGACGGGAACUACCACGAUGUGGGUACGAGGGUCCCCACGGCAGAGAACUGCCAGAGCUGUGAAUGCAGUGCUGGCGGCCUCCGGUGCACGCACAGCCUUGCAGCCUGCACCUGCGUCUACAACGGCAGGACCUACCAUUACGAGGACGUCAUCUACAACACAACCGACGGGCUCGGCGCCUGCUUGGUAGCCACCUGCGGACACAAUGGGACGAUCCUGCGCAGGGCUGUGGAAUGUCCUGGAACCCCAACCAUAACCCCGCCCUUCACCUUCACCACCACCGUGGCCCCGCUCUCCUCGACAGGCUCAGUCCCCACCGUCUCCACCGUGUGUGUGCAUGAGCUCUGCCUCUGGUCCGACUGGUUCGACGGCGGCCCCCCAGAGCCUGGCAUGGCAGGUGGGGACUUCGAGACAUUUGUGGACCUGAGGCAGAGGGGCUACCAGGUGUGCCUGGCCCCGGCGAGCAUCGAGUGCCGGGCACAGAAGCUCCCCGACACCCCGCUGCAGCAGCUGGGCCAGAAGGUGAAGUGUGAUGUGGCUCAGGGGCUGACCUGCCUCAACAGAGAGCAGAACCCCCCGCUCUGUCACAACUAUGAGCUGCGGGUCCUCUGCUGUGACUACCUGCCCUGCGGCACCUCCCCUGGGGCCACCACCUGGCAGCCACCGGCCAGGUCCCUGUCCACCCCCGCCACACAGACCCCGCCGGCAGAGCCCACCACGACAGGAAGCCUGGCGCCAAGCAGCUCCCCGGCCUUGACCACAACCUCCUGCCGGCCCCGGUGUCAGUGGACGGAGUGGUUCGACGAGGACUACCCCAAGUCUGAGGAGGCUGGGGGGGACAUCGAGUCGUACGACAAGAUCAGGAGCGCGGGAGGGGCCAUGUGCGAGCAGCCUCUGGACAUAGAGUGCCAGGCUGAGAACUUCCCCGGCAGGAGCCCUGCAGAGCUGGGCCAGCGUGUGCUCUGUGACGCCAGCUUCGGCCUGGUGUGCAGGAACGAGGAGCAGGUGGGCCUGUUCAGGAUGUGCUACAACUACAGGAUCCGCGUGCUCUGCUGCAGCCAUGACCACUGCACGGAGCCCACCACCGGGCCAUGGACGCAGACCACCGUGCAGAGAACCACAGGGGGCCCCUCCAAGGACACCCUACCUAUCCACAUGACUUCCACAGUGAUGGGAGCCACAACAGGCACUGUGGCCACCAGCCCCCCGUCCACCCCACCCAGAGAGACACGCACGACCACAGCAAGGACAUCGCUGCAAGCCCUGAGAACCACCACGCAGGGCACAACAGGAUGUCGGCCCCAGUGCGAGUGGACAGACUGGUUUGACGUGGACUUCCCAACCUCAGGGGUCGAGGGUGGGGACCUGGAGACCUUUGACAACAUCAGGGCUGCCGGGGGCAUGCUGUGCGAGGAGCCCCAGAAGAUCGAGUGCCGCGCAGAGAACUACCCUGAGGUCAGCAUCGACCAGAUCGGACAGGUGCUGAGCUGCAACCUGCACGUGGGGCUGGUGUGCAAGAACCAGGACCAGAAGGGGCCUUUCAACAUGUGCUUCAACUACAACGUCCGUGUGUUCUGCUGCCACCCAACCCCACACUGCCCCAGCACUGGGGGCCCCACGUCGCCAACCACAGCAUCUGGCCAGACCCACGCCUCCUCCCCUGGGACCACCCAGGAGUUCCCUGUCUCCACCACCCAGACGCUUGCUACCCCUGCCAGGACCACAGAGAGGGUCUCCAGCCCCAGUCCCUCUGCCUCCCUGAGGACCCCGACGGCCACCACCAACCCCACCUCAUCCAGUGCACCCACCACGGUCCCCGUGGUGACCUCCAGCACAUGGAUCCCCCCAGGGUCCACGCCCAGCCCCUCCUCCCCGGGGACCACCCUGAGGGUCACUAGCCCCACCUCGCAGAGAGGACCCUCCUCCCCCGGGACCACCCUGAAGGUCACUAGCCCCACCUCCCAGCCAGGACCCUCCUCCCCUGGGACCACCCUGAGGGUCACUAGCCCCACCUCCCAGACAGGACCCUCCUCCCCUGGGACCACCCUGAGGGUCACUAGCCCCACCUCCCUGACAGGCCUCUCAUCCCCUGGGACCACGCUGAGGAUCACUAGCCCCACCUCCCAGACAGGACCCCCCUCCCCUGGGACCACCCAGGGGGUCCCUGUCUCCACCACCCAGACGCUUGCUACCCCUGCCAGGACCACAGAGAGGGUCUCCAGCCCCAGUCCCUCUGCCUCCAUGAGGACCCCGAUGGCCACCACCAAGCCCACCUCACCCAGUGCACCCACCACGGUCCCCGUGGUGACCUCCAGCACGUGGAUCCCCCCAGGGUCCACGCCCAGCACGGCCACCCUCGGGACCACGCUGGUCUCCACGGUCCCGCCGCCCAGCUCCACCACGCACUCCCUGGCCACCUCGUCCUCCACGGGCUGCAGCCCACGGUGCACGUGGACAGACUGGUUCGACGAGGAUUACCCCAUACCGGGCCUGGAUGGCGGGGACUUCGAGACCUUCUCGGUUUUCCGCUCAGCGGGGCACGACUUCUGCCAGCGCCCCCGGGACAUCCAGUGCCGAUCGGAAAAGGCGCCGGACGUGCGUCUGGAGGACUUGGGCCAGGUGGUCCGGUGCGACGUGAGCUUCGGGCUGGUGUGCCGCAACCGUGAGCAGCCGGGGCCCCUGCCCUACUGCCACAACUACCACGUGCGCGUGCUCUGCUGUGAGGACGCUGGCCACUGCACCAGCACCACGGCCACGGGGGCUACUACGCCAUCCCCAGCGACACCCACCACGGGGGCCAUCACGCCAUCCCCAGGCACGCCCACCACGGGGGCAACCACGCCGUCCCCAGAGACGCCCACCACGGGGGUCACCACGCCGUCCCCAGAGACGCCCACCACGGGGGCCACCACGCCGUCCCCUGGAACGCCCACCAUGGGGGCCACCACGCCGUCCCCAGCAACACCCACCACGGGGGCCACCACGCCAUUCCACUCCAUGCCCAUCAUCCAGGUCUCCACAGCCUCCACACUCAGCCCCCACAGCAGUGCGUCCACAUCCUGGCACCCCAAGACCUCGCCUGGACCCCCCAGUGCCGUGCCCAGCACAGUUCUGGCCACCUCCAGCACAGGGCCCAGCCCUAGAGCCUCCCUAUCACCCCCCACGCCCGCGGCCACCAGCUCUCCGCCCGGCACCACCUUGGGCCUCUCCACGGCCACCUCCAGGGCCACGGCCACCCACACCUUGCCACCAGUGACAGUGACCACGGUGUCCACAUCUGUCUUCAGCACCACGGGGACCCCCGUGUCCCCCAGCUGGAACUUCACCACCCGCUGCCUCUGCCGGGCGUUCGGGCAGCUCUUCUCACCUGGGGACGUGGUCUACAAUAAGACAGACGGUGCGGGCUGCUCCUUCUAUGCCAUCUGCAACCAGCACUGCGACAUUGACCGCUUCCAGGACACCUGCCCCACCUCUUCGCCCCCAGAGUCCUCUUCGGCCCCCAUGGCCUCGCCCUCCCAGUCUCAGGGCUGCAACCUCAUCGUCCCUCCCCGAAAGGUGAACGAGUCCUGGACCCUGUCGGACUGCACGGUGGCUCGGUGUGAGGGCCACAACCGUAUGGUCCUGCUGGGGCGGAAGCCAGUGGCCAGCAUCCACUGCGUGAACGGACACCCUCCGGUCAAAGUGUCGCAGGAGAGCGAGCCAUGUGACUUCCACUUUGAGUGCGAGUGUAAGUGUGGCGCUGGGUGAGGGGACCGUCCAUGCCCCGCAGGCUCCUGCAGUGGCUGGGGGGACUCGUAUUACACCACCUUCGAUGGCACUUCCUACUCCUUUCGGGACAACUGCACCCACGUGCUCAUGAAGGAGAUCAGCCCACGCUAUGGGAACCUCAGCAUCUACAUGAACAGCUACUACUGCGGGCCCACCAGGGCCACCACGGCCUCCGCCCACUGUCCCCGUGCCCUCAGCAUCCACUACAAGUCCAUGGAGGUCAUCCUCACCACCAGCACCGGCACACGCGGGCAGGAGCAGAGCCUGGUCCUGUUCGACCAAAUCCCAGUGAGCUUGGGCUUCAGCAAGAAUGGCGUGAGUGUGUCGGUGAUGGGGACGACCAUGAUGGGCAUCGACAUCCCUGCCAUUGGUGUGAACAUCACCUUCAACGGGCACAUCUUCCACAUCCAGCUGUCCUACAGCCGCUUCAGCCACAACACCGAGGGCCAGUGCGGCACCUGCACCAACAGCCAGACGGACGACUGCCGCCAGCCCGACGGCACCAUGGCCCCCACCUGCCAAGACAUGGCCCACCGCUGGCUGGUCCCCGAGAGAGGCCGGGAGGCCUGCUGGGCACCUACCCGCCCGCCCCCGACGGCCGGCCCCGCGCCCUCAGCACCCAGCACACCCGCCUCCUCCCCGUGCCCCCCCGCGCCCCUCUGCGAACUGCUACGGAGCCCGCUCUUCGCAGAGUGCCACGCCCUCAUCCCACCGGACCCGUUCGUCACCUCCUGCGUCAGUGACGGCUGCCAGGCCGACCGCCCCGGGGCGCCCUGCGGGAGCCUGGAGGCCUACGCAGCGCUCUGCCGCGCCCGGGGCGCCUGCCCCAACUGGCGGAACGCCACCAGCGGGCUAUGCGACUUCACCUGCCCGCCCGACAAGGUGUACCAGCCCUGUGGCCCUGCACAGCCCACGUCCUGCGACUCCAGGAGCCAGAGCAGAGUGGGCAGCGGGCUGGUAGAAGGCUGCUUCUGCCCCGACGGACACACCCUCUUCAACACACACACGAAUGUCUGCGUGCGCGAGUGCGCCUGUGUGGGACCAGAUGGGUUUCCCAAAUCCCCUGGGGAGCGGUGGGUCAGCAACUGCCAGGACUGCAGGUGCCACAGGGGCUCCGUGUCAGUGCAGUGCACCCCCGUGCAGUGCGAGGCCCUGGAGCGGCCCCCGCAGUGCAGCCGGGUGGGCUUUGUGGCUGAGGCCAGGCCUCUGGCCAACAACUCAUGCUGUCUGCAGACGCUGUGCGUCUGCAACACGACCACCUGCCCCCAGAGCCCACCCAAAUGUGGGCCGGGAGAGGAGCUGAUCCGCACCCAGGAGGAGGGUGAUUGCUGCCCCACCUUCAUCUGCCAACCUCGGCUGUGUUACCACAAUCACACCGCCUAUGGGAUCGGUGCAACCUUCCCAUCCGUCACUCCCUGCCACACGUGCACCUGCCUGUCCGGGGACACCCAGGGCCCAAUCGUGCAGUGUGAGGAGGACACCUGUAACACUACCUGUCGCCAGGGCUACGAGUACUGGAAGGUGGCCGGACAAUGCUGUGGGGAGUGCGUGCAGACAGCUUGUCCCACGGAGGAUGGCUGGCUGGUCCAGCCCAACGAGACCUGGGUCAACAACCUCGUGGACAACUGCACGGAGUACCGCUGCGAGGUCAAGAACAGGCUGCACGUGCUCACUCCGAGGCCCACGCCCUGCCCGGACGUGUCCAGCUGCCAGGGCAUCCUCAGGAAAACCGGCUGCUGUUACUCCUGUGAGGAAGUGGACAAGUGCCAAGUCCGCGUCAACAGAACCAUCCUGACACACCAGGACUGUGCCACCCGGGCCCCGGUCAACCUCACGUUCUGCAGGGGCUCAUGCCCCGGAGUGUCCAAGUACUCCAUGGAGGCCCAGGCUAUGGAGCACCAGUGCACCUGCUGCCAGGACGCAGGUGUUCAUGAGGAGGUGGUGACCAUGCACUGUCCCGACGGGACUGCCAUCCAGCACACCUACACCCACGUGGACAAGUGCAGGUGUACCUCAUCCUGCGCCCGCUCGCCCGAGGCUCCUGAGGACAGCACCCCCAUCUUCCUGACCUAG